UAGAUGCUGGGUAUUUGGUAUGUUAUCGAGAAAACUAGUACAGCUAGCAGUUGCAUCGUUUAUAAUAUUACAAAAACGGACGAGCCUGAAGAAUACUCAAUUGAGGAAAUCAGUCAGCACUUUUUAUUGUCAUUGACUCCUCUCAGGCAUGGUUACCACUACAGAGGAACCUUGACAGUUCCCGACAGUUCCGUUCCUGCGAAAAUGAAAGUCAAAUUUCCUUUGAGUGUUGCUGGUUCAUCCUCCUUCACGGUGUUCACUACUGAUUAUGAUACAUAUGCUGGUAUCUUCACUUGUCAGAAAAUAACAUUUUCCAAUAGACAGUCUGCCACCAUCCUAUCCAGAACUAGAUCUCUAGAUAAGAUGUACAUUGACAAGGUGAGUUAA